AUGGCGACCGAUAAGAACAACGUCGAAGCCUUAAUUCGACAAUCUCGGCCAAUCAAUAUAAAAGAUCCAUAUGACGCUGGCUGGGUAGAGGGGAAGACUAUUCUUAUCACCGGAGGAGCUUCAGGAUUUGGAGAAGGAUUCUUCAGGAAAUGGGCACAUCAUGGCGCCAAUGUGAUAAUUGGAGAUGUGAACGACGCGCGAGGAAAUGAGAUUGUAGCAGAAGUUCGGAAGACUACAGGCAACAAGCAUCUGCAUUACAUCCACUGCAAUGUGGCAAAUUGGCAAUCACAGGUUUCAUUCUUUCGACAAUCGGUCAAGCUCAGCCCAACUGGAGGUAUUGAUGCGGUUGUUGCAAAUGCUGGAAUAUCAGAUGGCGCGCCAUUUUUCUACGAAGUACCUGAUUAUGAUGCUGUCGAGGAGCCACCGGCCCCAGUAUAUAAGUGUUUUGAAGUCAAUUUGGUCGGUGUGAUGUACACAUCUCAGCUUGCAUUGCACUACCUAUCGAAGAAUCCAAAGUCAGCAAUCCCAAACACCUCUUUGACACCAGCCCCCAACACACGAGACCGACAUCUUUUACUAUUGGGCUCAAUCGCCUCGUUAGGCCCUAUUCCAGGGCAAGUACAGUAUUGUGUGUCGAAGCAUGGUGUUCUAGGCUUGUUUAGAUCCCUGAGAAGCACAGCGUUUGUGAACGGAGUGCGAGUCAACAUCCUCCUGCCGUAUUUUAUAGACACCCCUAUUCUUCCAGCGGUUGGAAGAUUGGUAUUGGCGGGCAGCGGUAUGGGCAAGCCGGAGGACGUCAUUGAUGCAGGGACGAGAUUGAUGGCAGACACAAGGAUUGUUGGGAGGUCGCUGGCUAUCGGUCCCAAGGUUCGGAUUGACGAUGAUUGGCAAGUGAUCUCGCCAUCUUCUCCAAACGGCACAGAGUCUGCCGUGUGGGAGGCGUAUGCCGAGGAUUUUGUUGAAGUUGAAGCAUUUACACGCAGAUUUAUCGGAGCAAUCAAUCAAGUUGAGGUUAUUCGGGGUUGGGUAGGUUGGGCAACGGAUGUACUUCUUGCUUUCGCGUAUCCUGUGCGGAACAUGUUGAGGAGGUGA